AUGUAUCUUCAAACUUCUAAAUAUGAAGUACUGUCAAUGAUUGGUCAAGGUUCAGCACAUUAAGUGUUUAAAGCUUAGCAUAAUCUAACUUCAUAGUUAUAUGCAAUAAAAAUGGAAAAGUGUCCUAGGUCAGGACAAAUUGAAAAUGAAUUUAAAGUACUUAAAGAAUUAGAUGAAAUGGAAGGAAUUCCAAAAAUAAUCAACUAUGGAAUGACACCUGAUAAUAAGUAUAAUAAUAUGAAAUUAUUUAGAUCAUUUCUUAUAAUGCCUCUGUUAAAUUGUAAUUUACAUGAUGUUUUAAUAUGUUAAGAAUUGUCUUUAUCAUAAAUUUUAGCUAUUGGAUUAAAUAUUAUUGAGACUUUAGAAAAAAUUCAUCAUAAAAAAAUUUUACAUCUGGAUAUUAAACCAGAAAAUAUAAUGUUAUUAUAAACGAUACAAAAUACUUCAAUAGAUUAACUACUAAAGCCUGGAUUUAUUUAAAUAAUAGAUUUUGGCUUAUCUCAAUCUCUAGAAAAUUUAAAAAACUAAAAAAACUUAUUUAUUGGUUCUCUAAACUUUGCAAGUAGAGCAUCUCAUAAAGGUGAGUAUUUAAGUUUUAAAGAUGAUUUAGAAAGUUUAUUAUAUGUGCUUGUCUAUUUAAGAAAUUGUAUUUAUGAAUAUUAAAUUAGAUAAAUUGCCAUGGUCUUAACUAAUCUCUACGGAGUUUACAAAUUCAGAAAUUAAAUCCAUUGGAGAGAUGAAGACCUCCCUAUUUAACAAAAUAGCAUUAUACGAUAAAUUUCCUUAAGAGUUCUUGAAAUUUAUGUCCCACAUAGAUACCCUAAAAUAGGACGAAAUUCCAGAUUACUCCUAUGUUAAAAGUUUAUUUAUAACAAUGUUAUAAACAACAUCUUCAUCUCAAAUUUUAGACUAAUUUCAGAAUUAUUCUUAUAUUUCAUCUAUAAUUCAAGCAAUAAAUUCAGAGACUAUAUAAAUUCCAGUUCAAUAAAAUCUUUCAAACUAAUUCUCUAUGGAAAAUUAAUUGUAAGAAGAUAUUAUAGAAAAUGAUGCCAAAAUGAUUUGCUUAUCUGAUAUGAUUUGGAAAUACUCUACCGUCAAAAUCAAAUCAAUACUAGAUAUCAAAUAUUGA